UCCAAUCUGCUUCACCAGAGCACAGACAAACAAGAAAUACAUCUAAACCGAAAUUAUCAGAAACAAUCAACAAACAGAAAAGAAAGAUGAGUUCCACAAGCCGAGCUUGGGUUGCUGCUGCAAGCAUUGCAGCUGUGGAGGCGUUGAAAGAUCAAGGCAUCUGCAGAUGGAAUUACACUCUGAGGUCGUUGUAUCAACACGCCAAGAACAACCUGGGAUCGUUUUCUCAGGCUAAGAGGAGCAUCUCUUCUUCCUUAGUGAUGGCCUAUAACAAGACAUUGAGAGAUGAGCAGCAGAUGAAGCAAUCUGAAGAAUCUCUCAGAAAAGUUAUGUAUUUGAGCUGUUGGGGUCCCAAUUGAUCCAUCCCCACACCUCCUUUAACACUACCAGUGUUACAGGUUUUGGCCUAGCAAACGAAGAAUGGAAAAUUAAAUUGGUUGGACAAAGAAGCUGAGAUAGCUGCAUCCCCAACUAACGCAAACGCUGCUCAUCGAUGGGGUCCUGAGAAUGAAAUAUACCAAGAAUUUUGUAAUUACUGCAUGUAAACACCAUUAAAUUGUUUUCUUACACAAAUAUAUACUUCCUUAUUAUCUCAAARUCUUCAUUUUCUUUUCUAUUGGCCUUCAUUAUCCAACGGUGAAUAUACAGAUGUUUCAUGGAUGGGUUGAAACACGAUUGAUUAUUUC